UUGUCCAGCCCUAACUAAAACGAUGCUGUUUCGAUUCUUUUCCCAAAAAACAAGAAGAAAAAAAAAACAGCCUUUAGCAGUUGUACCCCCGCCCCUAGCCCUUUCAGAAAGCACUCAGCGGAGUGAGCCUGUGCCCCCGUAACCCUAGCCUCCACCGCCGCCGCAGGGAGUGAUCCAUUGCCGCAGGGAGUCGCACUCAGGGGCUUCUCUCUUCCUCCUGUGGGCGUUCUCGAAGUCUCCAACCCCUGUUAGCUCUCCGACUCACCAAUCGCAGGCGCGCAGCUUCUUCGUCUGCUCGCCGUCGUCUUCGUCUGCUGACUCCGCUCGCCCUCGUGCUCGCCGUCUCAGACCGAAGUUUUCUUUUUAGGGUUCAAAAGCAGCGACGGCAUAUUGGAGCAGUGAUUACUGCUAAUACAACAAUGAAGUUUGAUAAAACCGACGCACUCUCAAUUUUUUCUGAAAUUAAGAAGCAACACAAGCAUAUUAAGCUUAAGAGGAGGUUUUUGUUGGCCUUUCCACCCACCAAAUCUGAGAGAAGAAAAUUGAAGAAGUCCAAAUUUUUCCAAAAGGAGUUUUUGUCCGAGUCUUUACUCAGGGAAGAUGAUUUAUUUUAUGAUACGGUAAGAGCUCAUGUUGAAAGUGCCUUUGGAGCAUCCGAAGUCGGAAUAGAUGAUGAUCUUCUUUUGGACGAUAUGCAUUUGAUUAACAUGCCCAAAGUGAAACUGAAAAGGUUGAUAUUAUCUGUCCUUGAUAAUUUGUCCACCAAGGGACUAUACCUUCUUGCAAAGAUUGUUGCGGAUGGCUCUGUCAAGUGUGAGAAAACUCGUCACAAUUUGAAGCAAACCAUCAAGGGUUCUCUCUCAAGUGCUCUUGGUAGCAAAAGGCUUAAUCAUCGUCAGCUGGAAAGUCGUAAACAGAUUUUUCAUCUUCUCAGCAAUCCGCAGCAAUUCCGAAUUAGGUGUGAACCUUUUUCUGUGUUAAAAUCUGAAUCUUGUCAUGCUGCUGCAGUGAAGGUACUGCGUCGGCUCGAGAGUUUUCCUUCUAAAACCUUGAUAGCAAUGUAUAACAAACUUAAGGGAGUGAAAUGCACACAUCAGUUACAACCCUGUAAACACGGUUGGGGACGAGACAAGCUUAUCAAGCUAUUGAACAAAACCUGUAGGGAGAUGCUUUUUCAACUUGAUAGUAAAGGUGAUCUACAAGAGCCAUUAGCCAAAGCCAUGGCAGUAGCAGACUUAUCCCUAAAACUGACACUUGGUCGGGACAAAAUAUUUGCAAGAGAAUUUUACCAAUUCCCACCUGAAAUAAAAUCAUUGCAGACUAAUAUAAUGAAUGCUAUAUGGUCUGUUAAAAAUGAAGUUACAUUACCAGUGCUAAGAAAUUUGCAGCUUCUGAUAGAACCCGAGGCUAAAAUAUCAAAUAGGAGCUUAAGGACAGCUUUUGUUAAUCUUUUGACCGAAUUUCUAUUUGAGUGUGUUGAUAUGGAUAGCAUCCCAAAGUCUCUAUCACAUAUCAUUGCUGUUAUUCAUAAGAAUUCAAAGAUCACAGACAAUGUAGUAUUCAGUAGGAAGUAUAUUGACAAAGAAGUUGACUACAUACUAGGUAUAAGUGCCCAGACAAAACAGAUUGUUUUGGAUUUGUUGCCUGACCAUGGAUUUGAUCAAGACUUUACAGAUGCAUAUGGGGAGGAAUUGGAAGAAAGUGAUGAUAGUGACAGUGGUAUUGAUGAUGAUGAUAAUGAUAAACUUCAUGAGGAUAGAAUAUAUUCAAAUUACGAAGCAGAAAGUAUUGGGGAUUUUGCACCAGUUUUGUUUCAACCCUCUACUUCCAUUAAAGAGGAAGAUGUUUCAUUCUGUCCAUCUACAACCAGUGGGAGGUUUUGUGGUGCUUCACCCAACAGAGAAUAUACUGAGAAUGUUGUCAACAAACCUGCCUUACAUGAAUCAACAGACGUAGACAUGAGAGACUCAUCUUGCAUGUCUUGUGUGGAAACAGAACCCACCUCUACCAAGCAAAGCAUCGACAGGAACCAAUACCUAGCCAUCCAAGAUGCUUGUGAUAAGACAAGUAUGCUUGCAUAUAAUCUUGUAGGUCAUUUAUUGAAGGAGUUUGCCAUAAUUGAAGGCCUAGAUAUAAAAGCAAACCAGAGAUUAUACCUCAGCAGUGAUAAUGCAAUUGAAGAUAUCCAAGAAAUGGAACAUUCCUCGUCUGGGAACACAGAAAGUUCAGCUGUCAUUCAAGUAGUUAAAGAGCUGGUUCCAGCCCUUCCAGAUAGCGCCAUGGAAAAACUGAAGAUAUUGAUGAGCUGAAACUGUUUCACAGACUAAAAGCAAUAACUCAACUGUUGAGUUUGUUUAACAUGAGAUUUACCACUUUGUCUAGUGUUUUCUACAUAUGGCUUUGCAAUUAACCCUAAACCCUAAGCAGCAUAUUUAUUUGAUUUUAUAUUAUUUUUAUUUUUAUUCUCUUAA